GCCACCGCAGCCCCCCUGUCAGGAGCGGCCGUUUCAGCAGGGUGACUUGCAUCUUCCCUGCCCCCGCGCCGGCACCGGGGCCGGGGGGGGCCCGUUCCCUCACCCUCCCCAUCUGAAGCCCCCCCUUCCCACCCCGGCUGCUCCCAGGUUUUGCAAAGAGCGGCGAUGAAGAGGAAGCUGGCACUCUCCAAGAUGCAGUUGGUUCUUCUCGUUUUAUUGGUGUGGCUACCAACAAGAUCAGUGCUGGCUGACUCCCUGGAAGACGAAGCUAAGAAUAACAUCACCAUCUUUACAAGAAUUCUAGACAGACUUCUGGAUGGUUAUGAUAAUCGUCUUAGACCUGGAUUAGGAGAUAGUAUUACUGAAGUCUUCACUAACAUCUAUGUGACCAGUUUUGGACCUGUUUCAGACACAGAUAUGGAGUACACAAUAGAUGUUUUCUUCCGUCAGAGAUGGAAGGAUGAGAGAUUAAAGUUUAAGGGCCCAAUGAACAUUCUUAGAUUGAACAACUUAAUGGCCAGCAAAAUCUGGACCCCAGAUACAUUUUUUCACAAUGGGAAGAAGUCAGUGGCUCAUAAUAUGACAAUGCCAAACAAGCUUCUACGAAUCCAAGAUGAUGGAACUCUCUUGUACACCAUGAGGCUUACAGUCCAAGCUGAAUGUCCAAUGCACUUGGAGGACUUCCCUAUGGAUGCUCAUUCAUGCCCAUUGAAAUUUGGCAGCUAUGCAUACACAACUUCAGAAGUGACAUAUAUUUGGACUUACAAUGCUUCAGAUUCAGUACAGGUGGCACCAGAUGGUUCAAGAUUGAAUCAGUAUGAUCUUUUAGGCCAAACAAUUGGAAAAGAGACAGUUAAAUCCAGUACAGGUGAAUAUACAGUAAUGACGGCUCAUUUUCACUUGAAGAGAAAAAUUGGUUAUUUUGUCAUUCAGACUUACCUCCCCUGUAUCAUGACUGUCAUUCUUUCCCAAGUGUCAUUCUGGCUUAACAGAGAAUCUGUACCUGCCAGGACAGUCUUUGGAGUAACAACUGUGUUGACAAUGACAACACUGAGCAUCAGUGCUCGAAAUUCACUCCCCAAAGUAGCAUAUGCAACAGCUAUGGAUUGGUUUAUCGCUGUUUGUUAUGCAUUUGUAUUCUCUGCAUUAAUUGAAUUUGCAACUGUAAAUUAUUUCACAAAACGAGGAUGGGCCUGGGAUGGAAAAAGUGUAGUGAAUGAUAAGAAAAAAGAAAAAGCAUCUGUCAUUAAGAAAAACAAUGCCUAUGCAGUAGCUGUUGCCAACUAUGCUCCAAAUAUUACCAAGGACUCAGUGCUGCCGACCAUCUCCAAGAGUGCUACAACUGCAGAACCCAACAAGGCAAAACCAGAAGCGAAGCCACAGGAAGCGAAGAAGACAUUCAACAGUGUUAGCAAAAUUGACAGAAUGUCUAGAAUAGUGUUUCCUGUCUUAUUUGGUACUUUUAAUUUAGUGUAUUGGGCUACAUAUUUAAACAGGGAGCCUGUCUUACUUGGCUUUGCGCCAUCAACCUAAAAGCUGAAUUGCACUGAGGACUUAAAACAUCAUUCUAAUCAGAUAGGUUGUUUGCUAUGUACAGUACGACUAAUAACUGCUAAUCUGUGAACCAUUAUGUACAGAGUGUAUAUAGAUGUCUUAUCUGUGUAUCUCCAAAGGAGGGACACAGUGUUAAUUCAUGGGUCUGUAAACAGAUACCACCCAUGGCAAAUAUAGCCAGCUCUUUAAAAGUUAUACCCAGGGGAGUUCUGUUAAACUAGGAUUCAAAUAUACAGAAUUAUAUUCUCUCCAUACAGUGAAAUGAAGAUAUGAUCCUACUUAAUUAUUUAGGAACAGUAUUUUUUUAAUUUAAAGUUAAGAUAUUUUUCUAUAAAGUAACUAAUUCUACUUUAAUGAAAGAAACUGUCAUUUAGAAAAGUGAUUUUUUUAAAAAGGGUGUAAUUGUUUCAUACAAUAGCGGUACCCAUGUACAUAAGAGUACGGAGGUCAUACAGUUCUAUUGUUCACAAUCAUUCUGGAUACUAGUUAGGCUGAAGAGGUAGUAAAGGCUACUACUAUAUGGCAAAAG